CAGUCGCAAUUCUCCCGGACGAGUAUAAAGCACGCGAGGAGACGAACGCGCGGGAGAUUCGCCGGUGUUCGCGCGCACUUCGCCUCAUCCAGUCUGUGAAAGAAGACCGCGAGACAUUUUCGGGGAGGCGCGUCUUCUUAUCGCGAGCGCCCCGAUAGAGCGUCGGUACACCGGGACGGCAGACAACCGACUGCAGUGACUCGCGCUAGAAACGUCAUCCGAAAAUGGCAAACCCAGCUUUGGACUGCAUAACCGCGGACUUCCUGGAGAAGAUCCUGCGGAAGUCCGAGAAGGACGACACGAUCCGGGUGUCGAAGAUCUCGACGAAGCCGGCCACGAACAAAGGCGACAAUUACACGAGCGACAUGUACCGCGUGGUGGCGGAGCUUUCGCACGUGCGGAACGGCCGCAAAGUCAACGAGAAGUCAGUCAUCGUGAAGAUAGCGCCGCAAGACGGCGUUCGCAUAUCUCUGGUCAAGGACUCAAAGAUUUUCGACACGGAAAUUACGAUGAUGCUGGAACCGCUGACCAGGAUGAACGAGCUCCUGGGACCUCCUCAUCGGUUGAGCGCCCGAUGUCUGUAUUACCAACUUCAGGACCCAGUCCUCCUGGUCCUGGAGGACCUCGCACCUCUAGGAUUCCGAAUGGUCGAUCGACAAGCCGGCCUCGACUGGGAUCACUGCGUGCUCGCCCUGAAGAACCUGGCCAACUUCCACGCGAGCUCCGUCGCCCUUUGCGAGAGGGAGCCGAAAUGGAAGACGACAUUCGUCAAUGGUAUAUUUCGCAAGAACGCGGUCCCCCAGCUUGCGGCAUUCUUCUCCAGGGGGACGAAAGCCCUCGGCGAAGAGGUCGCCAAUUGGCCGGAAUUGGGGCCAAGGUACUCGGAGAAGAUCCUGAAACUAGCGGAUGUAGCUUAUGAAAGAGGCGUCAAGGCGGCGGAGUGUCGGGAGGGCGAGUUCAACGUUAUCACUCACGGUGACUUUUGGGUUAACAACAUGCUCUUCCGCCACGACGACAAAGGUCGGCCCAUCGACCACAUUUUCGUCGACUUCCAAAUGUGCGCCUACACUACUCCUGUGGUGGAUCUUCAGUACUUCCUGUACACGGGGCCCACGCAGGAACUGUUUGAGGAGAAGGCGAAGCUUUUGGAAGAGUACCACAAGAUGCUUUGCUCGACCAUGGCGCGGCUGGGCUGUAAAACUGCACCUCCUACUUUCGAGACCCUGAAGAAGACGAUGGAGGACCGCGAGGAUUACGGGAUGAUCGCCGUUUUCACGGUGCUUCCGAUACUCCUCGUCGACAAGGACAAGGCCCAGAGCCUCGACGAGCUGAUGAACAACAAGGAGGAGUACAACAAUUCCGGCUACAAGUGCUCGAUCUAUCGAAAAGUCAUGACGAAGCUGCUGCCCUACUACGAGGCGAAAGGGAUGCUGGAUUGAUAAAUGUCAUUUCUCCCGUUUAGAGAAUCUAGGAAACGACCGGUCUCGGUUUUUACAGUCCUGCCCUGAGAAACAGACGUCACUAAACCGAAGAAAUAUUUCCUCAACGUAAAGAAUAAUUAUCUGACCGAAGUAAAUUGGAAUUAAUCGGAUGCAACUUGUCUUCGGAAUUGUGAGAAUGGAUUUGAGUUUGCUUAAAAGUCAUUGAAUUAAUGAGAGAUUUCUUUGGUUCGAUGUGUGUUCUUUCUUUCUCAGGGUGGUUUUGGAAGACCAGGAACAAGGCUGGAAGGUGGGGCGAGGUUUUAGACCUCGAGGUCAGGUUAGGUUUGGUUGAAGACGUUCGAUCUAGUCGGAUCGACGGAGUAUUAAUGAAUUUUAUCUGCCAAGAAUGACCGAGAUAGUCGCUAGUCGAAUGUCCUGCCGCUGGUACGGCAGGUUAAUAAAAUCGCCGGAAGGAACUGACGUCUCCACGCGUCGAGAGUAAACUAGGGAGACGGUAAUAUAUGAUCAAAUGUUUGCGAUAAAUAGACAAUGUUAGGAAAACAAUUUGGAGUUUGCGUUUCCGGAGGGAACGAGCCGGGCGGUUCGGCGGUUCUUCAAACGUCAUGGUUGUAUGGUGAGAUAUAUCGUCGAGAGCAGGAACCGAGCUCGUCCCCCUUUUUAUUUCCGUAUCAUGAAACGAUCGAAACAAUUGAAACGAUCGAAACGCCAAAGAGGGGCGAAAGCCAUGAAAGGUGGGGAAAACACCAGCCGCGGAUUCCGCAUCGCGGCGGCCCGGGGCGAUUAUAAUUUUUUCCUCGACGAAACCCGCCGGACUGAUUAACCGGGAUGAAUUUCACCGGCGUGUUAAUAAUGCGUCAUAAAUCCAGCUCGUUCCGCGACGAGUAAUUAUUUUCGAGAAGGAGCUUUACCCGGUCGGCGAGGGGUCCGGCUCCCUUAAGGCUCAUACUCCAAGAGACGCCCCGGGAAUGUGGGCUUUACGGAAAGUGGAUUUACCGCACGCACCGGUUAAGGGGUUUCGUUUGUCUAACCCGUCGGCAAAACCCUGGGUUGCCGGAUUAAAUUACCCGAAAUUGAA